AGCCCAGCAGGUGACCAGUGGACAAACUACUUAUUUCUUCUCUCAGCUGACACCUUAGGAACCAUCUUUUCACAAACUGAAGGGAUACUGUAACAGUGCCUUGACAGUUUAGUGAAAGUUUGAACCUCACAAAGGUGGUGCAUGGAAAUUAGAUAACGAGGAAGGGAGGGUACAAAAAAUGCACAACCCAAUAGCACAGUCAGCAACCAGCAGUGAGAUAUCUACCACUCUGACCUGUUUCCUCCAUAGCUCACGAGCAUCUCUUCUGAAGACAUCAUUUGAUGCUGUAGAGUUCCACAUUACUGCCAGUAUAUAUACUUUUUAAAUACUUUGCCAUUUUAAAGCAAAAUUAAUAAAAAUAAAACAGUUAAGGAAUUGUUUUAAUAAGACUUUCUUUGAUUUUAAGAGGACGUCUGAACUGGACUUUUUCUCACCUUUUUACUCCUGAGACAUCUCAUUUGCAGGGCAAAAAUCAUGAACAUUAGUGAUGAAGAUUAUGAUUACAAUGACACGAAUUACAAUUACACUGACACAGCGCCUCCUUGUCAGCUUUACGUUAAAAAGUCAAUGGAAAUAAUAAUACAAACCUAUGUCCAUUCCUUCAUCUGCGCCUUUGGCCUGUUGGGCAAUGUGUUGGUGAUUGUCACAUAUGCCUACUACAAGCAAGCCAAGACUAUGACGGAUGUGUACCUCCUAAACGUGGCCUUUGCCGAUCUGCUUUUUGUUCUUGCCCUCCCGCUCAUCAUACACAACGAAAGGAAUGCCUGGAGCAUGGGCCACCUGGCCUGUAAGAUGGCAGGAGGCGCAUACAGCAUCAACCUCUACAGCAGCAUGCUCCUGCUAGCCUGCAUCAGCUGUGACCGCUACAUUGCGAUCGUCCAGGCAAGGCGUUUCUUCGGCAUUCGCUCUCGGUUACAAACCUACAGCCGUCUUAUCUGCUUGGCCGUCUGGGCGUUGGCUGUGACAUUGACCAUCCCGUCGGUUUUCUACAGCAAGCUGACUGAAAACAAUCUUCCGGGGGACACGGACGGAACGACUGAGUGCCAGAUGCAGAUUGAUGACACUAAGACCGCUGUGCUGAUGAAAGUGCUGGUGCCUAGUCUGCAGGUAUCCAUCGGUUUCCUUUUGCCUCUGGUGGUCAUGUUGAUCUCGUACUCCAGCACUGCCCGGACCUUGCUGCGGGCACAGAAUGCCCAGAGACAAAAGGCGCUAACAGUGGUCCUGACAGUGGUGGUGGUUUUCAUUCUGUGCCACUUGCCCUACAAUGUGGCUCUUCUGUUCCACACGGUAGGGUUGUUUAAGGUACGGGGGUGUGAAGAAGAACAGGUGAAGAUCACCACUCUGAGCAUCACCAGGAGUCUGGCCUAUCUGCACUGCUGCCUCAAUCCCUUCCUCUACGCUUUCAUCGGGGUGAAGUUCCGAAGCCACCUCCGCAAGAUUCUGGAAGAUAUGUGGUGCCUGGGGAAGAAGUACAUCUACUCAGGUCAAUCGUCCACUCAGAUGUCAGACCUCUACACCUUAGGCCGCAGAUCUGCAGAGGGGUCAAACAACGACAAUGGAUCAUCAUUCAACAUGUGAGAAAGGAAUAGAGAGUCUUGGCGGUCAAGUGAAUUCAAUAGAAGGAUAUUAGGCUGAAGCUGCCCAAAGAAUUGGAGGACAUUUGGUUUGAAUUUCAAAUGUCAAAUACAUAAUGGGGAGUCAGUGGAUAUUUUUCACCUAUUUGGAGACAAAGGAAGUUGCCAGCUGAUAAACAUAGUUGAGUCCAUGUUAUUUGGUUAAAAUCCCAAACCUAAAGUAAAAAUGUGGUAUUUGAUGAUAAUAAGCAAUGAUAGCAGGUUUCAACUGACACAAUUGUAUUGUAUUUGUAGACUUGAAGCUGGCAAACCCAUUAAAAGGGGGGGGGGGGAGAAAUCAGUCAAGAAUGUAUGUAUUGUACAGCAAAUUUAUAUACGUGCAUUUAAAAGGAUGUUUGUUGUCAGUUCAAUUGAUCAAUUAAUCUUGUAUUAUGCUCAUUUUAGUGUAAAUGGUUUUAUGAUAUGUCAUAUUGUCUUGAAAUUUGGUGAAAUCUUAAGAAUAUUUUAGAUUUGUAAUUGUUUACUGUUUCACUCUUCAUUAAGAUUUUAUACUGUUUUUACAUCUUGUAUUGUGCAGUCAACCAUUUGAUUUUUCUUACUUAAUGAUAAACAUUAUGGUUUCAAACCACCGUGUCUCUUUACAUGUUAUUGACAUCUGUACACUACCCACCUAGAAUUCAACAUUGAAAAGCAGCUACAUUGAAAAGGCUGUAGUAUUUCAGAUUUUGCAUACAUAUACACACAAGUAGCUUUGCAUCUUUGGAAGUCAUUUGCUUAUUCCAGUUUCAAAAACAAAGAAUCAUUGACAUCGGCCAAAUGCAAAAACAAGCUAUUUGGUAAAAGACCAUUCAAGCAGGAAAUAUUCUCACUGCAUGACUCAGGGAUUCUUGUACAUUUAUCCAUAACCAAAUCCCCAUGCCAGCAACAUAAUUAUUUGUGGAAAAAAGUUAAUGGUUUUCUUUGCUAUAUAAG